CACAGUGGAGAGCCGCUACUGAUGCCGUUAUGCUUCCUGCCUCCUGUCCUGCCAGCUGCACUUCAUUCUCAGAUGCUGCUGUUCAUCACGAAACACCAAUGAAGCAAUGCAAAUAGUGCUUUUUACUUUUUUGAGCGCAGACGAAGCAUAGGAUAAAACCAACAUAAGCCAAGUUGUCGGCACACCAAAAGUUGGUGUAGUUUUGAACUGGGUGAGAGAUCAUCCGUAAAAGUCUCUUCUCAGUAGCAGCAUGACCUCUCCACCUCACAGUACAGCGACGGAGUCUUCGUGGACUAUUGGACCUACAGAACUGGGGAUGAGCGAAGGUCUGCACAUGCGAAAUGACAGCGUGUGGUUCGGCAGGAGUCCCUCGGCGCCCGCGGAGCCGGCAGUGAUCACUCAACGCCCGGCAUCUCACCUCCAUCCCCGCAUGUCCGUGUACAGCGCCACCCGUCCCAUUCUCUCUAGAUCCUACUUUCAAGGACGUGUAUAUAAUUUUUUGGAGAGACCAUCGGGUUGGAAAUGCUUUGUGUAUCAUUUUACAGUAUUUCUUAUUGUGCUUUCUUGCCUGAUCCUCAGUGUGCUGUCCACCAUUGAUGAGUAUCAGACACUGGCUAAUAAAACACUAUUUUGGGUGGAAUUAGUACUGGUAGUGUUCUUUGGUGUGGAGUAUGUGGUACGUCUGUGGUCAGCUGGAUGUCGGAGUAAAUAUGUGGGAAUUCUGGGCAGGCUUCGCUUUGCCCGAAAGCCCAUUUCUGUUAUUGACCUGAUUGUGGUAGUGGCCUCCAUUGUUGUAUUGGCAUUUGGCUCUAAAGGUCAGGUUUUUGCCACCUCUACUGUCAGAGGAGUCCGCUUUCUUCAAAUCCUGCGAAUGCUGCAUGUGGACCGACAGGGAGGAACCUGGCGGCUGCUUGGAUCAGUAGUCUUCAUUCAUCGGCAGGAACUGAUCACAACUCUUUAUAUCGGAUUCCUUGGGCUCAUCUUCUCUUCCUACUUCGUGUAUCUGGCAGAGAAGGAUGCAGUGGAUGAUAGUGGUUUCACACAGUUUAGCAGUUAUGCAGAUGCUCUGUGGUGGGGUGUGGUGACAGUAACCACUAUUGGCUACGGAGACAAGGUCCCCCAGACUUGGAUAGGGAAGACCAUUGCAUCAUGUUUCUCUGUCUUUGCCAUCUCCUUUUUUGCCCUCCCUGCUGGAAUCCUAGGCUCCGGUUUUGCUCUGAAGGUGCAGCAGAAACAGAGACAAAAACAUUUCAACAGGCAAAUUCCCGCAGCUGCAUGUCUGAUACAGGCAUCCUGGAGGUGUUUUGCCUUAGAGAACCGUGAUUCUGCCACCUAUAAGUUAUUUGUGAAAAGGAACAUGAGAAGCUCAGUGUCCAGCCCUAAAUUAAAGGUGAAGAUGAGGAAGAAAAUGAAGAGCAAUGACAGGGAUGAUGGACUGAGUUCUCCCACCAUACCUUCCAUAACGUAUGACUCUUUAGAUGAUGGGAAGGAUGGUGGACCAGAUACAGUGUGCAGUAUACAACAGUCAGAAGGGGCUAACACACACAGAAGAUGUGAGCGGGUGCCAUCCUGGAACUCUCUAUCCUCUUUCCAGUUCUCUACACCACCAGGGAGAAAGCCUGGGAUUUUGGAAGUGCAGCCUCGGCCCACGCUCCAGAGGAGCAGCAGCAUUGCAGAUGAUAUGGAAUCCGAGCUGGAACGAGAGAUAUCGCUCGUUCCAGUCACCCAUGUGUCUCAGUUGCGGGAUUCCCACCGAGCUGCCAUUCGUGUGAUCCAGAGAAUGUUCUACUUUGUAGCCAGAAAGAAUUUCCAGCAAGCACGUAAACCAUAUGAUGUGAGGGAUGUCAUUGAGCAGUAUUCACAGGGUCAUCUCAACCUCAUGGUGCGCAUCAAGGAGCUACAGAGAAGACUGGAUCAGUCCUUAGGGAAGCUGUCUUUCUUCCAGACAAGUUCAGAGCGCAUGAAAGACAAAGGCAUAAACACUAUUGGCUCCAGACUCAACAGGAUGGAAGAGAAGAUCACACACAUGGACAGGACACUGAACAGCAUCGCAGAAUCUCUUAACCUCAUGUUGGCAAGGGAGAGACGGGAAGAUCUGGCCAGAGGGAAGGAACUGCGCAGCAGCUUCCACCGCCAAUCAGCCACCUUCACCCUCUCAAUGCCGAGCAGACAGGACAGCCUGACCAGCUCUGAGCAACUGUCCACACCAACUGUUAUUCAUGAGGACAGCUGAGAUGCUAAAGCAGCACUAAACCACAUAGCGCCUGAUACUGGGUCUGUUUCAGACGGAAUUCAUAUAAGAGAUCAGUUUUGUUCGGCUUCAGCAUAGGCUGAUCUUGACUAAUCCUGUUCAUCUUUAGACAGUUGAAUUUCUUUUGAAGCAACAAGAUGUGUACAUAUUUUUUGAAUACCAUUAAGUAUGAUUUUGAGUUUUUGUUUAUUCAGUUAUUUUCUUAUUAUCUUCUUAUAUAUAAACGGUUUUCCAUACUUUUUGUGAGUGUUUGACUACUUCUGCUCCACACUCUUAAAAAUAAGGGUUCUAAAAUGGGUUUUUGCAGUGAUGCCAAGAACUAAUGGGUUCCCAAAGGAACCUUUUCAUAGCGUGAAGAAUAUUUUAACUAUAUAGAAGUUUUUGUGCCAUGUAAAGUUUUCAUGGAUAGAUAUAGAUGCCAAUAAAAAACCUUUAUUUUUAGGAGUACACAUGUGAACAUUGUGACCUUUUUUUGGAGGGUUAUGAUUUUCUGAAUGUUUUUAAAUGAUUUCUGUUGACAGGAACAAAAUGUGUGCUCUUUGCUCUCGAUUAUGAAUCACUAAUAAGCUUUUAGAGGCACACAAAUUUGUAAAUACUGCUUAACUUCAGCAGCAUAAAAACUUAGCUCUGUCCUCUCAAUCAUGUUUUAUGUAUAUUCCUUCACCAAUAUGAAUGUACUAGUUUUUGUACAAAAAAAAGAAAAAAGAAAUACUGUUUCCUAGAAACACUACUGAUUCAAUUCCCCAGUAAAAUCCAAACUAAUUUUUAUGAAGUACUUUGUCAAAACUGCAACAUUGACAAAAGUUCUAUCCUGAAUAAACAUCUUGAUUUUUUAUUUUUCCCAUGUUUUCAGUGUUUUAAUUUCUGCCAUGUUUCUGUGAGGUCAAACGCCACAAGUGUGUGGGCAGUCUGGCUUCCCGCUCUUUCCCUUCGCCAUCUGACCAGAAUUGUGCUAUUUAUACUGGUGUGGAGGCAUUUAUGGCAUUCGGUAACAGUUGUCUUUUUUUUUUUUUUUUCUAAAAGUCUUUCAGUGACACUUUCAAAAUUCCUUUAGAGCAUCCCGACAGAUCAGUGACUUAUGCAGCACACGACCAUAUGGGGAGCUCCGUGACCUCUGAUCUUAUAACAAUACAUUGGCUCUCAGGGGUGAGGGGUUUUGUUGCUAUGGGGAUGACUACAUGCACACCCUCUGACCUUAUCCUGGGCAGGAACACGGCUGUCCACUCUGCCUUUGUUCGGCACAGCUCCUCGUAUGGACCAUUGUCACCUGUAAUAUGUGCAACAAAUCAGACAUUCCGUCACAUACGCAUUCCUGAAAACCAUGACAAUUUUGUCUUUAUCACGCCUUUCUUGAAGGCUUAGGAUUACAUUUUGGGAAAGCUGAAGUAGCAAACCAGGAUGUCAGCUUCCUCUAUAACCAUUUGUGCCAACUUAAUCUCAAGUCAAUAAAACCAAACCAGUUCAUAUCUGGCUUAUAAAUUUCCAAAUAAAUGAAUAAAUAGUCCCAAACGGUCCCUGCUACACUUUACCUCCUCAUGGCAAGACAACUAUGUCAACAAAGGAAUCAACAGGACAACAGUAUUGGCAGACACCACAGAGAGCAGGCAUGCUACAGAGGGGGUCUGGCCCAUAUGCCGCCAGAUAAAUGAUAAGCCUUUGUUAUUCGUUUAAAAGGACGUACUGCUGUCACUGUCUCUGGGACCGCU